CAGAAAAAGGGGAGAACUGUGAUUUCUUGGGCUGCGAAAAGUUGCAAAAAAACAAAAUGUUAAAGUGGCUGGUUCUGCUGACCAUUCUGGUCCUGGUCAGUGCCGAAGUGCACAAGGUCAAGAUCCAUAAGAGGGAGCACAAGAAGUCCCAUUUGGCCCGCAGGAUUGCCGUUCAUAUAUUGAAGCACAAGGUUCACCAGAUAAUUCGUCAUCAUCUCCGUGAUCUUGUUAUCUACGACGAUGGAGCACCGAUUUAUGUCCAACCCGACUAUGACUAUCCCAGUCAGGAUACGGACUACACCUCCGAGGAGUUGGGCAAUUCGAUGAACAUGUACUAUUAUGGUGAGAUUAGCAUUGGCACUCCGCCGCAGUACUUCAAUGUGGUCUUUGACACGGGCUCUGCGAAUCUCUGGAUUCCCUCGGUCCAGUGCCUGGCCACCGAUGUUGCCUGCCAGCAGCAUAAUCAGUACAACUCCAGUGCCUCCUCCACGUAUGUGGCCAGUGGACAGAACUUUUCCAUUGAGUAUGGAACCGGCAGUGUGACUGGAUAUUUGGCCACGGAUACCGUGACCAUUAAUGGCCUGGCCAUUACCAGUCAAACCUUUGGAGAGGCCAUCUCUCAGCCGGGAAAUAGCUUCACCGACGUGGCCUUUGAUGGCAUUCUUGGCAUGGGAUUCCAGCAGAUUGCCGAGGAUAAUGUGGUGCCACCAUUCUACAAUCUCUAUACCGAGGGACUGAUUGAUGCUCCAGUUUUUGGUUUCUAUCUGGCCAGGAAUGGUUCUGCCGAGGAUGGUGGCCAAUUGACAUUGGGUGGCACCGAUCAGAGCCUAAUCUCUGGAGAGAUGACCUACACUCCAGUUACCCAGCAGGGCUACUGGCAAUUCAGUGUGAACAACAUCACCUGGAAUGGCACAGUGGUGUCCAGUAAUGUCCAAGCGAUUGCCGAUACUGGAACCUCUCUGAUUGCCUGCCCGCCGGCUGCCUAUGCUCAGAUUAAUCAAUUAAUUGGUGCCAUACUCAUCCAGGGAGAUUACUAUGUUCCCUGUGCCACUGUGGACUCCCUGCCAGUGCUAACCUUCAAUAUUGGUGGCACCAACUUUGACCUCCCGCCCUCGGUUUACAUCCAAACCUAUACGGAUGGUAACUACAACACUUGUAUGUCUACCUUCACCUAUAUUGGCACAGAUUUCUGGAUUUUGGGAGAUGUUUUCCUGGGCCAGUAUUACACCGAGUUUGAUUUUGGCCAGAAUCGUGUGGGUUUCGCCAAUCUGGCUUAAGAUCUUAAGUAGAUGUGAACGAACAAACGAACGUAAUAGAGAAAAUAUUGAUUAUAAAAGUAUAAAAAAAGAAAUAAUAUUUAUGGAAAAUAUA